AUGGGAACGCACUCACUUCGCGCGACUGGCCUCCCUAUCUCACAUUCGACAUCAUACCACCUCUUGAGGGCUCGUUUGUCUGUGGAAGGACCACCGGCCGCGGGAUUUGGCUCACAGUCCGCCUGGUGGAUUCCUCCAAGACCAGCGACAAGUGUAACCAGAUCGACGCCUAUAUUUCUGAAGGCUGCAAGAAAGGCCAGACGCCCUUACAAGUUCAUGAACAUCAUCUGGGUCUGCCCUGACGAGGUGCGUCUUACCGUCCCUAACGCUGUGAAUCAGAACCUAGCUGGCGGCAAGUUCAUCUUCGUGGGAGACGCCGACUUUCCUCCCGGGCACGAGCGCACCAUAGCGAUGUUGAAUGUCACGGACGCUGGUCACGAUCCGCCGAUCGCCAUCACCAAUGUACAGGUCAUGGUGGGAUAUGACGGUUCUAACCAAGGCAAGCCAGCCACUAACUACUUUGUAUGUGAGCGAGGGAUUCUCAGACAGCCGAUACAUAUGGCGGUCCCCUAA